AUUCAUAUGGACUAAAGGAUACAUGUGUUUGCAAACUGAACCAGCCAUCGACACCAGAGCCAACGAUCUCUUCAGCAACGACUACCAUCAGCUCAAAUUUCCCAUCUAAAUCCACGCUACGGAGUAGACCAACCACUGUAAUCACGCAGCCAAGCACAAUAAUGCCCGCUGUAUCUCUGUGUUUUCCAACAUGCAAGAAGUACGAAAUUGUUUCUGACAUUGCGAAAGGUCAAUUUGAAUCUCAUCCAGAGGCCAGACAAUGUACUUCUGGGAACAAAACUUCUCACGAGGCCUUCAUAUUGGUGAAUUGUGAUGCUGGAUCCCCACAAUUUUGGAAAAAAGGAGCAAGUGUGAUGUCUAGUUGUGAUACAUUACCAUCUUACACUCCAAUAGCUGCAAUCAAAAACGGCAGUACAGAAGCGCAGACAGAAUGGGAAUUGUCUGGAAUUUUCAUAGGAUGUGUCAGUGGUGGUUUUAAGAUGUCGUACCAAAACUGUGACACUAAACCGACAAUUGUUCACAUAGAAAGCGGAAAUGGCACCGGCAUACAUGAUCCUUACAAUUACUUUGUCAUCGUGAGUUGGAUAUUAUACAUAAGAUAUAAUAAAUCACUCAAAACAGAUUUUUGA